AUGUUCACACCCCCAACCUUUUUAGAACGGCUGCAGAGGUACAUUGUGGACAGGGACGUGUCGUCCAAACCUGCGUCCAUCUGCAUACCUGACAAACGCAACAUUUGCCAUGUCGCCCAGGUGUGCAAGGACAUGGACUUGUCGACAAAGCUUCCAGCAGACACCAGCAGCAGCAGCAGCGGCGGCGGCGGCGGUGGCAGUGGCGGCGGCAGCCGCGGUGACAGCAGCGGAAUCAGCAGCAACAGCAGCAGCAGCAGCAGCAGCAGCAGCAGCAGCAGCAGCAGCAGCAGCAGCAGCAGCAGCAGCAGUAGCAGUGGCAGCAGAGGCGGCGCGAGCCUUGUAGUGGGCAGCCUAGACUUGAACAUCGGAACAGUCCUGCCUGCGGAGGAGCUUGGCGGAGCCGUGGCUGCUGAACGCGCCUACCUGUCAAACGUCUGCGUCGCGGCUGCCGCGCGCCGCCGCGGCGUCGCCGCCGCCCUCAUGUCGGCAGCUGAGGCGCACGCGGCGCAGGCGGGCGUGCGUCACCUGUACGUGCAUGUGGUAGCCGACAACGCGGCGGCUGUGGCACUGUAUGGACGCAUGGGGUACGAGGUGGAGGCGGAGGAGGGCGAAGCGCAGGCGCGUGCGCUGGGUCGGCCGCGGCGCAAGAUCCUUCACAAGCGGCUAGGAGUGGAUUGA